AUGGACAUGCUUCGUCAGGCAAAUAACGUCCCCGAGUCCAUGGCCACAUCAAUUUCCUCGUCCGGCUCCGUCCAGCACACUCCAAGAAGACCAAAAGUCUGUAGGGGUUGUUACAAAAAUGCCACUCUUUGGCAAGUAAAAUCAGAUACGUCGAUUAAUAAGGGCAAAUGGUUUUGGACAUGCCCCGUUAAAAAUUUUGAUUACCAAUGCCGCUUUUUUCACUGGGCAAGUGAUAGUGAAGUAGAUGAAUACUUUAGAUCCCAAGCCAUCGAAUAUGAAUCUGAGGAUGCUACACUUUCGCAACAAACAAUCAAUG